AUGGCUGUUGCUUCUUCUCUGCUUCUCCUCAAGAAAAGUAUGAUGUUUUUCUUAGUUUCAGAGGUGCGGAUACCCGCAAUCUUUUAUUCCCAUCUGGAUGCUGCGUUGUGUCAAAAAAAGAUCAAUGCAUUCAUUGAUGACGAAGAGCUUAAAAGAGGGGAGCAAAUCUCUCCAUCUCUUUUGAAUGCAAUUGAGCAAUCAAAGAUUUCGUUGAUCAUUUCUGAAGGGUAUGCUUCUUCGAGAUGGUGCCUGAAGAACUUGGAGGAUUCUGAAUGCAAGAACAGUUAUGGUCAGAUUGUAAUUCCGUUUUCUAUGGUGUUAUCCAUCAAUGUGAGGAAUCAGAUGGGACUUUUGGGAGGCUUUGUGAGCUUGCAAGGAUAG